CAUUAAAUCUAAUCAUCAAAACAACAAGUUAAUCAUGAGUACUGCAAGUUUCCAGAUCGAGAUUGCUUCUUCAUUCCCUGCUGAGAAGGUAUUCAAAAUCUAUGGUGACUUCCAUAUCAUCACACCCAAGGUCAACCCUCAAGUGUUCAAGUCCAUCGAGAUAAUCGAAGGCGAUGGAGGUGUUGGAACCAUAAGGCUUUUAACAUUUGGUGACGGUUUGCCAUUCACAAACACAAAGUAUAGGCAAGAUGGCAUUGAUGCAAGCAACUUCACCUUUGACAACACAUUUUUUGAAGGAGACAACUUGAUGGGCAUAAUAGAUACCAUCAACUACCAUAUCAAGAUUAUACCUACCGCCGAGGGAGGAAGCAUAUUCACCCAGAAAGUCGUUUAUAACUGCAAAGGGGAAGAAAAGCCAUCUGUAGAAACGCUUAACUUCAUAAAAGAUAUGUACGAGAAAACAUAUAAGGCUAUGGAGGCUUAUGCCGCUGAACAUCCUGAAACUUAUUGAUGUAUCUCGUAUUAAGGAGUUCUGAUAUGGUUUGAAAUUUGUGCUUCUCUUUUACUUCUAAUAUGAUUUGCUAUCAUAUUUUUUUGAA